AUAAAAUGUUAAUGAAAAAUAUUUAAGAGAUGGUUGUUCAGAACAGUGAGGAGAUGGAAGGAGUAGAGGCGGUAGGAGUAGGGAAGGAAGAGUUAGCUCGCAAAUUAUUGGAUGGAUCAGAGUUAGGUUGGAUUAUACAGAACUAUAGAGCAGAUAUACCAGAGCUAUUACAUGCUGCUGCGAAGCAGAUCAAAGAUGCAAGAAAUAAGUUCGAUUUUAUAAUCCUUUGUGGUAACCUUGUGAGGUUCAGUGAUCAUCUAGUUCAGCAUGUUGAACCCCUGAUCCUCAACCUUGAACCCCCAUGGGAUACUCCCGAACCCUGCUCCAAGAGAGCGCGUGAUGACGAGGAGAGGGAGGUUCAGAUCUUCUCCGCCCUGGUCUGGUUGUUGAGGAAGGUGGCCCGCCUGAACGCGGCCUGGGAUUGGUCAGGAGUAUUUUCAUACUUGACCAAUCAGAACAAAGAUGUUUCUGUUAUAUGUCUGGAGAUAGUAAGAUGUCUUCUCCCAAUAUCCCCACAGAAGCUUAACAAACUCAGGAAUCAGAUUUAUCCUGAGAAAGAUUGGAGCCGGGUUUUGUUUAAGCUGUAUGCUACGGAUACCCUGGAUAUUGUUAAACUAGCCUCAGAUACCAACCUCGAGCAUCAGUCAGAUUAUAUUGAGAAGGAGAGUGUUGUUAGCCUGGAUCAUGUUUCUCUACCCAGGGUUGGGAGUACAUCAUCCUUCCUUAUCCCUGUUCCUUCAACCAAGGCAGCCUUGGUUAGUAUGGGAGAAGCUGUAAGCUCCGGUAAACCCGUCCUACUCCGGGGAGAUGUUGGAGUAGGAAAGACAAGUUUGAUCCGUGAGCUUGGUAACUUGACAGGACGGGAGGAGAAGGAACUGCUUACCCUACAGAUAUCCGACAGUACAGAUGCCAGGCUGCUCUUGGGUCUUUACAGAUGUACGGACAUACCUGGGAAGUUUGUAUGGGAGGCCGGUCUUCUCACACGUGCAGUACAGCUGGGACACUGGUUAACCAUUGAGGACGUGGACAGGGCACAGCAGGACGUUCUAGCUCUACUAGCAUCUCUAGUACAGACAGGUAAACUUACUGUUCCGAACCUGGGAGGAAGCCUAGAGCCUAAAACUGGGUUUCAACUGUUUCUGACGGAGCGAGGAGGAGCCAUGUCUUCAGAUAUAUACAAGAUAGCUAGGAUAAUACCCGUUCCUCAGUUGAGUAAAGAUGAACUGAGAGAAGUUAUAGUUUCAAGAUUUCCAUCCCUUCAACCAAUUAUUGAAAAGAUUAUCAGAUUAUAUGAGAUAGUUGGAGAAGACUGCACAGGACUAAACCUUAAACAUCUGAGACAAAUUUCUCUCCGAGAUGUUGUUCGAUGGUGCAUUAGAUCGUCAGUUUCUAUCAACAAAGGAGAUGAGAAAGGAUCUAGUGAAAGAUUGUAUCUUGAUGCUGUGGAUUGUUUCUGUAAAUUUAUUCCAGAGAAGAAAACCAGAGAUCUGCUCAGUGAGGAGUUGGCGUAUACCCUGAAUAUAACCAAGGAUGAAGCAGCGUACCUAGCAAACAAAUAUAAACCUCAAGUUACACUUUCAGCUAACUCACUCCAGGUUGGUAGAGUAAGUUUGUCCAGGAAAAUGGAGAAUCCUGCUGUACCUCCCAUCUACAGUCUUACCAGGCAUUCUGCAGUUCUACUUGAGAGUGUAGGACGAGCAGUGGAGGGCGGAGAACCUGUUCUACUGGUCGGAGAAACAGGAGUUGGUAAAACUGCAGGAGUUCAAUUCCUGGCAGAUCAAACUGGAAGGAGAUUACGUGUGAUAAAUAUGAACCAGCAGAGUGAUAGUACCGACCUCUUGGGUGGAUACAAACCUGUAGAUAUAUCCCAUACUAUGCAUAAUAUCCUACAAAUGUUCAACAAGGUGUUUGGUUUAACAUUUAUCUCUGGAGAUAACAGUAAGUUUCUUAGUCAUCUCUCCACCUGCUAUCUGGGUAGACGCUGGUCGGACGCUAUCAGUCUUAUGUCUCAUUCCCUUCAAGCAGCUGUUAAAAAGCUGAAGGGAAACCCUGAAUCCAAGGAUCUAUUAGAACUCUGGGGAGGGGUAAGCAAGGAGUUGAAGACUGUUACUGAAAUCUUGAAGCAGAGUGAGAAAACCACAAUUUUCUCUUUUAUAGAGGGAUUGCUGACCACAGCAGUACGUGAAGGAUACUGGAUACUCCUGGACGAGGUUAAUAUGGCGACCCCGGAGACUCUGGAGUGUUUAUCCUCACUCCUGGAUCAAGGUGGAAGCGUGUGCCUGUAUGAGAAAGGAGAUUAUCAGUCUGUCCCUCGGCACCCUGAGUUCCGACUGUUUGCUUGUAUGAACCCUGCCACGGAUACUGGCAAACAUGAUCUUCCCCCCGGUCUGAGGAAUAGGUUUACUGAACUCUAUGUUGAUGAGAUCUCCGACCUAUCAGAUAUAAACAUGCUAGUUACAGACUAUCUACAGAGAUUAUCCCUUCCUGCCAAACAGAUUACAAGCAUCGUUUCAUUCUUCCAGGCGGCUAAAGCUGCGGCUAGAACCAAGUUAACUACAGGGACAGGAGAAAGACCGACAUUUAGUUUAAGAACUCUGUGUCGAGCUCUCAGAGUUGCAAAUAGAAAUCCUUGUGGUAAUGUUCUACGAUCUUUGUACGAAGGGUUUUCUCUAAGCUUCCUGACUGAGUUGGAUCUGAACUCUCAUGCAAUCUUGAAGGAGUUACUUCAGAAGUAUGUUCUGGGAGGAAAAGAUGCCGGAAAACUGCUACGCCAACCCAUCCCUGAGGCCCAGGUGGCGGGCUCGCGGCUUCAAAUCGAAGGGUUCUGGAUAGGACAGGGAAAAGGAGAACCACAUAAGAAUGAGAGAUAUAUUAUGACCGCCCAGGUUUCCAAUAAUCUACGAGAUUUAGCUCGAGUUGUAUCUCUGUGUGACCAUCCUGUGUUGAUCCAGGGAGAUACAAGUGUAGGAAAGACUAGUUUAAUAUCCUACCUGGCUGAGCUGACGGGAAACAAGUGUGUCCGAGUCAACAACCAUGAACACACGGAUAUCCAGGAGUAUGUAGGCUCUUAUACCUCGGAUGAGACUGGGAAGCUUGUUUUUAAACUAGGAGUUCUGGCCGAAGCUAUGAUUCAAGGUUCCUGGGUUAUUCUUGACGAGCUUAAUCUUGCUCCAACAGAUGUUCUGGAAGCACUGAACAGAGUUCUAGAUGAUAAUCGACAGCUUUACAUCCCUGAAACACAGCAAACCAUAACAGCAGCUCCAGGAUUCAGACUGUUCGGAACACAGAACCCUCCUGGACUGUACGGAGGUAGGAAAGUUCUAUCCAAAGCGUUCAAAAAUAGGUUUGUUGAGCUUCACUUCAAUCAGUUGCCGUAUAACGAGCUAGAAAUUAUCCUAAAGGAUAGGUGUGGAUUACCCAAAACCUAUGCAAAGAAAAUGAUCCAAGUUUUGGGAGAGUUGCAGAAACAUCGGCGGGGCAGCGCGGCGUUUGCUGGAAAGGAAGGUUUCAUCACUCUUAGAGAUUUGUUCCGCUGGGCGGAGAGAUACAGACUAGCAGGAGAAUCUAACCUUAAGUUCUAUGAUUGGGAGCAACAUAUCGCGGAGGAGGGUUUCCUUCUUCUAGCAGCUAGAAUCAGGAACACAGACGAGUCUCAGGUUGUCAUUGAUAUCCUGGAGAAGGUGUUUAAGAGAACCGUGAACCCAGAGAAUUUAUUUAGUCUGCAUGAGAGCACGUCAACUGUUACGAAACCAAUACUAGAGAAACUGCUGAGCUCUAAUAUACCUGGUCUUGCCUGGACAUUUGAUAUGAGAAGAAUGUCUGUGUUGUUAGCUCAGGCUUUUAGGUUCGAGGAACCCGUCCUGCUUGUCGGAGAAACAGGUUGCGGUAAAACUACCGCGGUUCAAGUUUUGGCAAAGAUCAACGAGACCGGACUCGCAAGUUUAAAUUGUCAUCGACAUACAGAAAGCUCGGAUUUCUUGGGAGGAUUGAGACCUGAUCGAGGAACCGGAGAGACUAAGUCAGGACUCAACUUCUCCUGGUCUGACGGACCACUAGUGUCAGCAAUGAGACGAGGAUUAAUCUUCCUGGCGGACGAAAUCAGUUUGGCGGACGAUAGUGUGGUCGAGAGGCUAAAUUCAGUCCUUGAACCGGAACGACGAGUUUUACUGGCUGAGAAAAUUGAUUCUCAGGAUACAGAAGUUGUCACAGCUCAUAAACAGUUCAGGUUUGUUGGAACUAUGAACCCUGGAGGAGAUUAUGGAAAGAAAGAAUUAUCUCCAGCCCUGAAGAACAGAUUUACUGAGAUCUGGUGUCCUAGUAUAGAGAGCUCAGACCAGAUACUCAGUAUUGCAGAGAAGAAUCUCAGGGUUGAAGCCCAGCAGGAGAAGGUUGGAGAAAAGAUUGUCAAGUUUGUAGACUGGAUCCGAACUAACGGAGCUCUGAGUAUAGUUGUCAGUAUCAGAGAUAUCCUCGCCUGGAUAAACUUUAUAAACAAGGUUAGCUCUGAGUAUCUGGGGAUUCCUGAAGCGUUUAUGCAGGGAGCACAUCUUGUCUGGUUGGACGGACUCCAGAUGGACGGAGUAUCUAAUCCCGCUGCUAUUAAACGGUUCCAGAUCAUGUGUUCGGAGAAGGUUAAAGAACUGUCUGGAUGCAUCAUGUCAGAUGCCAUUCCAAGUUUAAAGGAAACCUCCUCAGAAUUAUCCGUCACACCCUUCUCUAUCAUCAAGCGUGGAGCGGAGAAACCAUGCAGUUACAUUUUCUCAUCUCAGACUACAACCUUGAACCUGCAGAAGAUACUCCGAGCGUUGCAGAUCAAUAAACCUAUUCUUCUUGAGGGUAGUCCAGGUAUUGGAAAGACGAGCUUAGUGGAGGCUUUAGCUCAGAAAAUCGGUCAACCGAUAGUGAGAAUAAAUCUCUCUGAUCAAACAGAUAUCUGCGAUCUCUUCGGGUCCGAUCUACCCGUUGAGGGUGGAGCUGUGGGACAGUUUGCAUGGAGAAAUGGACCUUUUUUGGAUGCUUUACAAACCGGAGACUGGAUUCUACUGGACGAGUUGAAUCUCGCGUCUCAAUCCGUUCUUGAAGGAUUAAACGCCGUGUUUGAUCAUCGUGGUGAAGUUUAUAUCCCGGAGCUGGACCGAACCUUCCCUCUGAAUGAGAACACGAGGAUAUUCGGAUGUCAGAACCCGUUAUCUGAGGGAGGAGACAGGAAAGGUUUACCCAAAUCCUUCCUCAACAGAUUUAGCAAGGUUUACAUGACAGGGCUUACAUCGGAUGAUUAUAGACUGAUCUGUGAGUGUCUGUACCCUAAGUUGGGUAGAGAGCUGAUCUCCCUCCUGGUCACUUUCAAUGAAAUGCUGGAGGACCAGGUUGUCAAGAGAAAGCUCUGGGGACAGUCUGGAGCACCAUGGGAGUUCAAUUUGAGAGAUCUUCUGAGAUGGUGCCAGGCUAUGAUGAAGGACGGGUCUCCAAACCCUGGAAAGUACGUGAGAGUUCUAUACUCUGGCAGGUUCCGGAGAAAUGAUGAUAAAGAUCGUGUCCUGGAGAUAUACAAACAGGUUUUCCAUCCCAAGUAUCCUCUCCAACCUGUCUCCGGGGUUCUCCAGCUGAACGAGUCCUGGACCCAUGUCGGAGAGUUUAGUCUGCAGAGAAAACAAAGGACGGAGCGUGAGAGCAGGGACGUUUUUAUGCUUGGAUAUCAGAGACAAGUUCUAGAGAGUGUAGCAGGAUGUAUUCAGAACAACUGGCCGGUUAUUCUAACAGGGCUAAGUGAAUCUGGGAAGUCUAGUCUGGUAAACGUUCUCUCCUCCCUGUGUUCAAGGAACCUGGAGAUCAUUAGUCUCAACUCCUCCAGUGAUACAAUGGAUCUGCUGGGAGGGUUUGAACAGGCAGAUAUAGGACGGAGUAUACUCGAACUAUUCUCACAGAUACAAACUGAUAUCAGAGAUAUCUUGGACCAGGUUUUGGAGAACAAUCUCAAGGUUGGAUUACAACUGAUGGAGGAGACGGUUCGGUUCUAUGGAUUGUUCGGAGCUGCUACGCAGAUAAAGAAGAGAAAACGACAAUUGCAAAUUCUUACCGAAAUGAUUGAUAUGAUCAAAAAAAUUAACAUUGAAAUUUAUUCCGAGCUUGAAGAGAAACUAAGUUUGCUUAAAUCUUCAUCCAAACAUGGAACGUUUGAGUGGAUUGACAGUAUUCUAUUUAAAGCCCUGAGAGAAGGGUCCUGGUUACUGAUAGAUAACGUGAAUCUUUGCAGUGCUUCUGUUCUAGAUCGUCUCAAUGCUUUGUUUGAACACGGAGGAAAACUGACUGUAAGUGAGAGGGGUGUUCUUGACGGAGAAAUUCCAGAGGUUAAACCCCAUCCUGACUUCAGGGUUUUCCUUCUCUAUGAUCCUAGUAGGGGUGAUAUAUCCAGAGCAAUGAGGAACAGAGGAGUAGAGAUAUACGUCCCGUCCUGUCAGGAAGUUAAUAUCAGUUCCAUUGAUAGAAUGGGUUUUGUUUCCGCAAACCUUUCUUCCGCAAUUUCUAGCGAUUCAGCAGUAAGUCAGGCACUGGUUCUCAGCCAUUCGUCCGGGUUCAAAGAGUACACGGAUAAAAUCUCUAUUCUUGGACUCCAGGCGUUAUCAGGUUGUGUAUCAGGGGACAGGCCGAAUAUUCUGGUUCCUUUACAGCAUCGUCUUUGCUGGCUCCUAUCCUCAGCCAAUCUUCUCUCUGCAUACCCGGAGCUAGGUAAAAUAAGCUACCAGCUACUACCUGUCCUUGAGGUUCAAGAUAAUCCGGAGCUAGCCAGGAUAUCCUUCAACUACUCCCUGAAUUUCAUGAGCAAAGCUGACUCAAAUCUCCGGCUUCUUGUUAUUUCUCUAAUAUUCCAGUCACCGCAGCUGACAGAUAUUUGCAGAAAGUUCUCUGAGAACAAACUGUUCCAGAGUUUAUACGAGACUGAAUUUACAGAUAAGAGAACGGUGUGGGAAAGUAGAAUGUUACCGUCAGGAAGAUCUCAACAAGAUGAUCUGCCCAACCGUCUCUCCCUGAUCCUGGUCACAUACUCCAAGUUUAAAGAGCUCCAGGACCGGGUAAACCUAAACCCGAAAUGUCUUCUCUCUAAAUGUGGGAACUCAUUCAGUCUAAGCAGUAAAGUACUAGAGCAGUUUCCCUCUAUGGUAAUGUCUCUUCUGCAGACUAUUGAAGCCGAACUGAACAAACAUGAACCAAUGUCUAAUGAAUCCUGGACUGAGUUCGACUCCUUCCUGUUCUGGUUGUAUGAGCUGGGAGAUCUUGGUCUUCAAGUAACUCAGAGAAACCAAGAGGAGGAUUUGGAGCGACUUCUCUAUGUUUACUGGUUUUGGAUGGUAAAGAGAUUGAGUCCAUUGAUUAAAUCGUUAAAUCUUUCCGAGCUCAAGUCUGUAUUUAUAAAAUCGAACAAAGUUAUUGAAUCCUUGAACUACGAUUCAAACUCUUUCUCAAGGUUUAGAGCCAUCACUGAAUUCUGUCCAGUCCCUCCUCAAACACUGGAGUCUUUGGAGAUUCUUCACAAUCUAUCCGAGACUGAAGCUAUUAUUGAAAACAGAGAUGUAAAAUCUAGGAUUAAUUUCAUCGCCAACUGCCUUCCUAAGAUUGAAGAAGUUCUGGUGAAAUACAAGAACCUGGAGAUAGAAAUGAACCAGGUGUCUGCAGAUAUUCUAGAGAUCGUAUCAUCUUUUUCCCCAUCUGAGUCCUGCUCAAGUGCAAGUUUUUAUGAACUCCAGCUUGCAGCUGUUUCCUCCAGAUUAAACCAGCUCCGACAGGUUCAGGAUCCAAACAAUGUUUUUAUUCCGAUAAAUCUUCGUCUUCUGAUGGUUCGAGGAGAAGAGAAUAUGGAGACCAGAGCUAGAACACAGCUCUACUACUGCAAGAAUACCUCUAGGAGUAUUUUAGCAUUGGAGCAUAACCCUGUCAACCAUAGUCUUAAUAUUGCGGAGCAUCCUGUUAACUGUUUUGAUGCCAUUAGUUUAGUAAACCAUCUCCUGGUUGGAUCAGGGGCCGGAGUUCCUCUUGUUACAUUUCAGCAGAAACGGGAACAAAUCUUGAAUCUUGUCAAGGUUUUGAAAAAUUUCAAAUCCCCGGACGUUCUCUCUAGACUCCGAGAACAAUUUGAUACGGAGAUGAAAAUAAUUUUGAAUGGGUUACACAAAGCAUAUAAUUGUAUCGAUGAUAAUGUUUGCAUUGAUUCCGUCCUUGGAAUCGGAACUAUAGACGUUAAUGUGCUCCGGGUUCUUAAAGCGCUCUCCAUCCGAUCUAGGAGUGAAACCAUCUUCUCUGCUCAGCUAGAUAUAGUUCUCCUUAACUCGUUAAAACUACAUAUAUUUGGUAGUUUAGGAGCUAUCGACCCUGCGGAGAAACAAGCACUCAAGUACAAACAAACAUUGAAGGAACUUGAGAAUGUAAGAAAUCAGAUUCUAGUAAUAGAUCAGUUCUAUGAGGCAGUCGGAACCUUGCAUCCACACAGAUCUAUCCUUAAGGAGAGAGAAUUAAAUCUUGAGGUUUCUUCUAGUUCAAUGAUCUGCAGGACUGCAGUGAGAGGAACCCAGAGCUUUAGUCUGCUAAGUAACACAGUGAAACACUACAAGGAUAGUAUUGGUAGCGUCUCUACCCUGCUGAAACUGGUUCAGGAUCUAGAGAACUUGCAUCAGGACGGAACUAUCGGAAGUAUUCUUCAAGAGACAGAAGUAUGGAUGAAAUCAAGUGUCAAGUUCUCAUCUGAUCUUCUUGAGCAUUCAAGUUUUCCUGAUCUUGUUCUGCCAAUCAUAGAGUCUGUUACUACAGCUGUUUGCGCUGUUGAGGCCGCAGUUGAACAAAUCCGUCAGAAGACUGUGAGAGACAAGUGUAGUGACCUAGAGAAGAUUGUUCUACUUGUCUCAGAUCCUGUCAUUUCUCCAGGAGAGAACCUUAACACAUUGUUUCAGUUUUACCUGGAUCCUUCAGUUUCAGGUCUUAUCUCCAACAAUCAGGAUUUAAAGAUUUUAAAAUCUUGCCUUGUAUUUCUGAAACAAAGUUCUACAACUACUCCAAACCUGAGAGUUUCUCCGGAUCAUCUUUACGAACUUGUCUCUAGGUUACUCUACUCCUGGAGGAGUGAACAGGAGCUGAAGAAGAAGAAGGAACUGGAGGACGAGGCUGUUUUUAAGACAAGGACGGUUUGCUCCGAGGAGGACGAGGAAAAGCUUGCAGAAGACGAGUUCAAAAAACUUUUCCCAUCUUUCAAAGAAGUUUUUGCAGACAUCACAAGUACAGACAAUCUUAAUGAAGACAUAGCAGAGAAUAGUGUUGCAGAGAAACCAUCCUUCUCUCCGGUCCGGUUAGAAAUUAUCAAAGAUAUUGCUAGUUUUAUUCUCAAAUUUGGAACUACUGACGUCAGUUCAGGACUUACUGAGAUAUCAAGAACAGAGUUCAGAGAUAGGUGGAGAACCAUUAAUUCUCUAAUUUCUGCCCAACCCGGAGUUAACAGUCUAGCUCUAGAGACUAAUCUCAUUCCUUCCCUGAUAACCCUGGCUAACAGUUUUAUAUCUGGAGUUGACAAACCCAAAUUCUACAAUUUCUACACAGAUCCCAAUGAGGAGGAAACUAAGUUGAUGAAACCUCUGCUGCUAGCAAUGGGAUCUUCUGUUGGAAACCUGUUGGAUGAGUUCCCGGAGAAUCCACUACUUCUUCAAAUUCUAGUCAUUAGGAAUAGAAUUCUCACAUUCCCUCUGGAGUCUCCCCUCUCCAAGAACCUGACAGGAUUGGAGCUACUCCUGGGAUCAUGUCAGGAGUGGGAAAAGAAUGCACACAGAGGAGUUUCCAUCCAAAACCUGAUGGACAGUAUCUCAGUUCUUAUACUCAGAUGGAGAAAGCUCGAGUUAUCCAACUGGAAACCCAUCCUGGCACAAUCUCUGGAAACUAUAAGGAACGCAUCCUCGGAGUUCUGGCUCCACGUGAUGGGAGUAGUACUAGAGGCUAAGAACAAGACUGAAACCGUCCGAGCUCUAAUUCAGUUCAUUGAAGCGUCAAAUUUAGCAGAUUUCAAGACAAGGUUGGAGAUUCUCCAGUCCGCGCAGAAAACCAUGCUCCAGAUUGGAUCCAACAAGAAGUGGUUGAUUGCCGCGCUACAGAACAUCCAGGAGUACUACGCCAGAUUCCAAGAGUCCAUUGAGUCUAGACUUGACGCCCUAUUCAAAGCAUCUGAGAAGAAGGUUGGAGAGUUUGUAAAAAUGGCAAGGUGGAAGGAUACAAACUUCUGGUCUGUCAAGAACAUGGUGGAGAAGACCAGGAAGGUUCUCCACAAGGCGCUGAGGGAGUAUAAGAAGGCUGUGAGCGAACCUUGCAAAAACUAUUUCAUUGAUGAAGGAUCUGAGGCGGUGGUUGAUGGUUCUAGUCCGGUUGGUUUAGAUCAGGUUCUGGAGAUAUCAAUUCUACCUUCAACUCCUCUUGUUUACCAGAAUAUUGUCAAUCUGAAGAAUAUUGAGAUCGGUAGCUACGAGAAAAUGAGCAAACAGGCAUACAACAUUCAGCGGAAGAUCCUACAUGAGAUCAGAAAUAAAAACCUAGUUGAACCAAUCUCAGAGUUGGUUCCAAACAUUAUCAAUGAGAUGGAGAAAUUACAGAAGCUUGAUGUAACCCGGAGUAAGACUAAGGAGGAGCAGAAGAAGCAGGCCGGUUUUAUCCAGCAGAGGAAGAGAAGAGCCCUCAACGAUCUGUUCAAAACCCUGCAAGGGUUGGGUCUCUCGUACAGACAUGGGUUAAUGAACUGCGGAGAUCUGAACACUAAUGAUGAACUGUUCGUCAAGUUAAAUUCUGAACUUCAACUCUGGAAAGAUUGCGAAAAAUAUUUCUUCAGGUGCUGGGCUAGAUACAGACAGUUGGUUCCUCUCCUGGAUAAACAGCUCCCGGAGGAUGUGAGUCCUAAUGUUGCUGAACGGUUUCAAGGGUUUGCUCAGCACUCCCUGCACUCGCUCACUACCUGGAGGAAAACCAUCCUAAGGUUUUCCAACCUACAGGAGACAAUACAAACCUUCUGCAUGGAGUUGAAGGAGUGGAGUCCUAAUGCUAGUUACUAUCCUGCUCAAGAUUAUGUUAAAUCACUACAAACAUCAAUGCUGGAGAUGAAUUCUGUUGUCCUGGUUCUGGAGAACUUUACUCAGGACUAUCCUGAGAUUAGAGAAUCCUUGAUUCUCCUGAGCUCUGCUAAAUAUAUACUCAGGAAACUAUCAGAAUAUUCUACCUCUGCUCCAAGAUACUUUGCAUCCUCUCAGCUAUUCCUGAACCUUUCAGCUCUCACGAAGGAUGUGAGUAAAUUAGGAAAGGGAAUCAAUUCUUGCAUAGCUCUAGUAUCAAACCACCCUGUUGAGAGAAGGUUGAGAAGCUUGAAUUCUAAGCUGGAGACAGUUCAGAAUAUGUUUCUACCCAUGAAGCCCUGUACUUCAUCCUCUCCAGUAGAUUUUGACUUUAAAUCCAGUAUGAGUAAAACCUUGUUUAAGAGUUUACUUGGUAUCCAGGCUAUGCAAAUAACUAUGAAAUCUUUCAAAGAUGAGGAAAACUGGUUGAAUAUCAUGAACUGUAUCCUGAAUCAGGUUCCUAAGUUUAAAUGUGUGGGAUUACUCCGAGAUAUAGAGAACUCCAUCAAAAUCUUUAAUCUUGUCCCAGAGAGUAGAAAUAACAUUCUUCGCGUGCUUAAGGAUGUAGUUGGGAUGCUGGAGGUAUACAGUUGCUCCCUGCAAUCUGUCCUGAAGUCUAGUAUGCUAGUUUUAAGAGAAUUCUCCAAACUCCUCUCCGUUCUACUCAAGGUGUUCCGACACAUUUCAGUUGAAGGAUUCUGUCCAAUCAAGGGGUUGGAGGACGAGGAUAAGGAGAGCGGAGAAACUGAUUUCAAGAGCUCAGAGGAGGAGACAGGGUUGGGAGCUGGAGAGGGAAGUAAAGAUGUUUCUGAUCAGAUUGAUAACGAAGAUAUGUUGGACGGGGCUUAUGAUGGAACUGAAAAGAAAGAGGAAGAAAAGGAUACGGCGGAAGAGGAGAAUGGAAUAGAAAUGUCUGAUAAUUUUGAGAGCCAACUUCAGGACAAGGAGGAACAGGAUGCUGAGGAGGAUGAGAAUAAAGAUGAAGAGGAGAAGGAGCUGGAUGAUGAGGUGGGAGAGGUUGAAGGGAAUGAAGAACUGGAUAAGGAUAUGUGGGGAGAACAGGAGGAAGAGGAGGAUGAGGAAAACCUGGGAGAGAGCAAGGAACAAGGGAAUACAGAGGAACAGGUUGAUGAAGAACUAUCAAGCAAUGAUAAACAGGAGAGUAAAAAGGAAGGAGAGAAAAGAGAAAGGAAAGACGAGGAGCAAGAGGAACCUGAGUUUGACGAUAAUCAAGUUGAUGAACUGCACGGAGAGGAUCAAAAGUUUCCAGAACCUGAACCCAUGGAUCUACCUGAUGAGAUGAGUAUGGAAGUGGAUGAACAAGAAGAUCCGUUUGAAGACCAUGACGGUGCUGAUGAGCCUGAAGCACUUCCAGACUUUGAGGAUAAGAAGGAUGAGGAAGGCGAAGAAAGCGAGGAUAAUUCCGAUGAUGAAGACGGAGAUAACACUCAGGUUGAGAAGUUCCAAGAGGAUGAUACUCCGGAUGAGGAAACCCUAGAGAAAGCUGAUGAUGAGCAGAAAGUAAACAUGGAGGAGGAGGAGAAAGGUCCGGAGGAAACUAUUGCCAACGAUGAGAAUAAGGCAGGAAAGGACUCUGUUAAGAACGAGACUGAGUUUGACCAAAGCAACAAGGAGGAGUCUGCAGGCUUAAACGAGAACUCAGAGAAGACCGAGGAUAAUAAAUCCUUCAGUGUUCAAACUGAUAAACAGUCUAAAGAAGAUUCUGAGGAAAAAUCCGGUAAAGGAACAAAAUCUCAAGAAGAGAAAACUUUGGCGGAUAAUUCUAUGAAAGGAGAAAGGUUGGAGCUGAUGGAAGGAAACAUGACGGGCGAAGAAGGACAAAAGAAUGCCGACACCUUCCAGCAUGUGAUGGAUAAACGAGAAGAGGAUAGAGCUGCGCUAGACAGAGCAGAAGAAGAUGUCAAGGAUCAAGUUUUCAUGAAUGAUUUUGAAAUGGAAACAGAAGAAGAGAAAGAAGAUGUUCCAAACAUUGAAGCGAGGAAAACUGAGAAAUCUUCAGCGGAGAAGACGGAGAAUAGUUCUAAUGAUGAGAAGGGGGAUAAAGAGAAGACUGAAGAUGCAGAGAAGGAGUUUGUGGAUACCGAAUUAAUUCCUCGUGGUACAGAUUCCAUUGCUGUAAGACAAGACAUGGAUGUUAUUCCAUCCGGCGGUUCUAUCAGGUUUGAUACAGACCUCUCCAUGCAGCAGAUAUCACUGAACGAUUCGGAGGAGAACAAUGCUCCCGUUUUGACUCAGCUAUCCCACCAGCUCUCUGAGCAGCUCCGACUCAUUCUCAACCCAACUAAAGCCUCCAGCUUGCAGGGAGAUUUUAGAACCGGGAAGCGUCUAAACAUGAGAAAAAUAAUCCCAUUCAUUGCAUCAGAUUUUAAGAAGGAUAAAAUCUGGUUGAGAAGAACUAAACCUAACAAGAGAGAGUUUCAGAUCCUGGUUGCGCUGGACGACUCCGCCAGUAUGUCGGAUAAUAAAUCCCGACAGAUUGCUCUAGAGUCCUUGAACACAAUAUCCUCGGCUUUAGCUCUGCUCGAGGCCGGACAGUUGGGAGUUCUGCGGUUUGGAGAAUCAGCCGAGGUUAUCCAUCCUCUUAACCUACAGUGGUCUCAGACAGCCGGACACAAGAUUCAAAAUCAGUUCAGGUUUGAUCAGAAGAGUACAAGUGUGAUAUCUCUGCUCUCCCUAACCUCUGGUUUGUUCCAUAAAUACCGGAAUAGUGCCGGGAGUGGGACUGCUCUAUCUCAGCUCCUGGUGAUAAUAUCAGAUGGGAGAGGGAUAUUCCAUGAAGGGAAGGAGAAAGUUAUUCAGUCUGUUGUGAAUAGUCGAGGAGCAGGGUUCUUCUGUCUUUAUCUAAUCGUAGAGAACCCAGAGAAUACAGACAGUGUUCUUGAUAUCCGAGCUCCAGUGUUUGGUGGUAAAGGUGAACUGCUGGGAAUACAGAGCUACCUCGACACCUUCCCCUUCCAGCACUAUAUCAUACUUAGAGAUGUAGAGAACCUUCCAGCAACACUAAGUGAUGCGCUCAGACAAUGGUUCCAGCUGGUAUGCGCGUAGCAUACUCGGUAUAAAUUAAAAUGUUCCUAAAAGUUGUUUAACUUAUGGCUGUGAAUUUUUUAUAAAAUUUUUUCUAGUUCACGAAAUAAAUUUUUUUCCAAAAAACUUUC